AUGGCCCAGGAUGUACAGAGCAAGCGUGCCGUCCUGGUCCUGCAAAACGACCCCAACUAUGGCGGCCAGCGACGCUCCUUCACCACAGAAGAUGAAGCAUGGAAGUCCUUCCUGGAGAACCCCUUGACAGCCGCCACCAAAGCCAUGAUGAGCAUCAACGGGGACGAGGACAGCGCUGCCGCUCUCGGCCUGCUCUACGACUACUACAAGGUGCCCCGGGAAAAAAGAACAAUAACCCAGGGGAAGCCAGAUGCUUUGGUCUCUGAUGUGGAUCCUAACAAAAGGUAAGGCCUGACCGUCGUACAAACCAGCAUGGAGAACAGAAUCCAAGUUCUAAAAGGGCCCUUCAACAUUCUCCAACUGGCUCAAGACAAGAGAAGCCAGUUCCCAUCCCCAGACACGACCGUCACCGUGUCCAUCGCCGCGCUACAGAACUACCAGCACAUAAAGACAGAGGUGCCCAUUCACAGUUUGGCCGUGCCCAGCAGCUGCGCCGAAAGCGACGGCCACGUGGGCGUCUUCGAUCGGCCGCCGCUGGCCCACAACUCGGUGCAGUUCAGCCCCGGCACGCAGUCCCGCACGCCCCCGGACUCCACCUUCUCGGAGAGUUUCAAGGACGGUUCCCAGGAGGUGUUUUCUUUCCCGGGUGACCUCCAGUUACGCAUGAGCUCCAUGACGCCUGAGGACUACACUCAGUUUGACACCGUGCCGGGGAAUAAUUUCGAGUACACCCUCGAAGCGUCCAAGUCUCUGCGUCAGAAGACGGGCGACGGGACCAUGACGUAUUUGAACAAGGGCCAGUUUUAUCCCAUCACUCUGCGUGAGAUUGACAACAAAGGCCUGCAGCAACCCAUCACCAAAGUCAGGAGUGUGGUGAUGGUGGUGUUCGGUGAGGAGAAGUGCAGAGACGACCAGCUGAAACAUUGGAAGUACUGGCACUCAAGACAACACACCGCUAAGCAGCGCUGCCUGGAUAUUGCUGACUACAAAGAGAGCUUCAACACCAUCGGCAACAUCGAAGAGAUUUCCUACAAUGCAAUUUCCUUCACCUGGGACACAAAUGAAGAGGCCAAAAUUUUCAUCUCAGUCAACUGCCUGAGCACGGAUUUCUCCUCUCAGAAAGGCGUGAAAGGGCUCCCCCUCAACCUUCAAAUCGACACGUACAGCUACAACAACCGCAGCAACAAGCCCAUCCACAGGGCCUACUGCCAAAUCAAGGUUUUCUGCGACAAAGGAGCCGAAAGGAAAAUCCGAGACGAGGAGAGGAAGCAGUCCCGCAGGAAAGUCGUGGAUGUCAAAGUGCCCAUCCUGCAGAAACGCAACGAUGUGACCAUCUUUAAAAUGAUGAGCGAUCUGGAGACUCAGCCUGUUCUCUUCAUACCUGACAUCCACUUCUCCACAUUGCAGCGUCAUCCUUUCGCGGCGGAAGAUGGAGAAGACAGCUCCGGCAUGAAGAGGUUGCCCUUCAGCGAUGACGAGUUCGGCGCGCCGCCCAACAAGAUGGCCAGGGCAGAGGAACCUAAGAAAGUCCUUUUGUACGUACGCAAGGAAACUGAGGAGGUGUUCGAUGCCGUCAUGUUAAAGAAUCCUACACUGAAAGGCCUGGUGGACGCUAUUUCAGAAAAAUACGACUUGCCACUGGACAAGGUUGGAAAAGUGUAUAAAAAGUGCAAGAAAGGGAUUUUGGUCCACAUGGAUGAUAAUAUCAUCAAGCACUACUCCAAUGAAGACACCUUCCAGAUCUCCAUGGAGGAGAUGGGCGGCAUUUACAAGCUCACCCUCACCGAAAUCUGA